CCUCCACUUCACUUGUGCCAAAAAAGAUGAAAAAAUAAAAAAAAAAUGAAAAGACAAGACAAGACAUGUGUGGAUAGAAAGUGAAGUUGAUAACAUCAGUUCCACGGUCCUUUUUUGAGUUUUUAGAAAACACAGUUUAGUUUGUUAUGGCUUCAAUCCUAAGUACAACCCAUCUUACUCUCGCUUCCAAUCCUCAAAGUUCUCAACCUUUUUUGCCUAAACUCAACUCUCAGUUUCUGGGUCUUCAAAGUAAUGUUGGUUGGUUAAGACCCUGUAGAAUUGGACCCUCCAAUGGGUCAAGAGCAAAGUGCUGGUUCAAAUUUGGUAAAAAUGGUGUUGAUGCUGAAGGUGCUGGCAUUUAUGGCAGCCAGACGCGUGAUGACUUUGACAGAGAUGAUGUUGAGCAGUACUUUAACUAUAUGGGGAUGCUUGCCGUUGAAGGUACAUAUGACAAGAUGGAGGCUCUUCUGAGUCAAAACAUCCAUCCAGUGGACAUCUUAUUAAUGCUGGCUGCUUCAGAAGGUGACAAGCCGAAGAUUGAAGAGCUUUUGAGAGCUGGAGCAGGUUACGAUAUCAAGGAUGCAGAUGGACGAACUGCACUUGAUAGAGCCAAUGAAGAAACCAAGGAUUUCAUCCUCGGUUUAUCUGUUCGCAAGGCGUGAUUUAGAUAAAUGUGCUCCCUUCCUUGACUGUUACUGUAACAUGUCGAUUUGGCUGUUUUAUUUUGCAACAAAAGUUUUCAUGUAGCCAUGGAUUUUUUUUAUUAGACGGCCGGUAUCAUAGUUAUAA